AUGCCUCGGACGCAGAUUGUGCUCCAAAUAGAUCACCACAGAAUACUUCUGGGGAAAUCUGGUGAUGCCAAGCCGUUUGUCAGGGCUGUGCCAAACGAUGCUGACAUUUACAGCAAGGUGUUUCUAGCGAGAUCCCUCCAGAACAUGUUCCAGUAUUCGUUGAUGAUGAAGCCAUCAGAUGCUGAGGUAUUACUACUCGAGGAUGUCUUACUACCAUUAGAACUCAAGCAGCUGGUUUCGAGGGUUUUGCUGGAAACACUGAAGGUUUCAAGCAUAAUGUUCGUUCCGGAUGUUUUAACGACGUGUAUAGCCGGCGGUGUCCGAAAUGCUAUCGUAGUAGAUAUUGCAUGGGAGCAUUUAGUUAUCGUGCCCGUAUUUGAUCUGCGAAUUCUUCAGAAACAGAUGGUUGUGAGUUCUAGAGGAGGGAAGUUUCUUCAUCAAAUGGCAGGAGAAGCUAAGCAGGAGGACCUUGUAUAUCAAAUUGAAGAAGCAGGGCUAUGGCAAAAAGAAGACUUUGCCUAUCUCAGAAAUCGCAUUAAAAAAGAGUUUAUUGGCUAUGAUAAUGAAGAAAUCUUUGACAUUGAUGAACUUCCUAUAGUACAAAUGCUAAAGAGGGUUUACAAGGAUCUUCCACUCGACAUAAGAGGAAGGCUUAAACAACGCGUAAUAGUGACAGGCUGGCUAAGCACAUCGGAGGGGUUCCGAAAGCAGCUUGAAAAGGCAAUAUGCCCACAUUUUUCUCUUAUAACCUCCAUGGGCCCAUGGGUCGGUGGCAGCCUGUACCUGGAGCAUUAUGUCGACCUUGAGAGGUCCCAAACGAGCCGGAAGCUGAAGCGCUGCAAAAGCGUUGAUGAGGUAGUUUUAGAAGAUUGGCACCUGCAAAGUUUUCGAAGUUAUACACGGAAUUGUUGCUAA